AUGAGUGGUAUUUUCUCAUACUUGGAUCCCCGGCGGAUCCAGUGGGGUGCCACAUGGUAUGCCAUGCACUCAAGAAUCCUUCGCACCAAACCAGUAGAAUCCAUGCUGGAAGGCACAGGCACCACCACCCAUGGAACAAAACUGGCCCAGGUACUCACAACCCUGGAUUUGGUUUCUUUAGGUGUUGGAAGUUGUGUGGGAACUGGCAUGUAUGUGGUUUCUGGCCUCGUUGCUAAGGAGAUGGCAGGCCCUGGAGUCAUCGUUUCCUUCAUCAUUGCUGCUGUAGCCUCCAUCUUGUCUGGGGUUUGUUAUGCUGAAUUUGGGGUACGGGUACCAAAAACAACAGGCUCGGCCUAUACCUACAGCUAUGUGACGGUGGGAGAGUUUGUGGCUUUUUUUAUUGGAUGGAACCUAAUCCUCGAAUAUCUGAUUGGUACAGCAGCUGGUGCCAGUGCUCUCAGUAGCAUGUUUGACUCCCUGGCCAAUCACACCAUCAGUCACUGGAUGAUUGACAGCGUUGGAACUUUGAAUGGAUUGGGUAAAGGGGAAGAGUCUUACCCCGAUCUACUAGCUUUGGCUAUUGCAGUGAUUGUAACUAUCAUAGUUGCUUUGGGAGUGAAAAACUCAGUAGGACUGAACAAUGUGUUGAAUGUGAUCAAUUUGGCUGUAUGGAUCUUCAUCAUGAUUGCAGGAUUUACCUAUGUGAAUGGAGAAUACUGGGCUGAGGGACGGUUCCUGCCGUUUGGAUGGUCAGGGGUACUACAAGGGGCAGCCACUUGUUUUUAUGCCUUCAUUGGUUUUGACAUCAUUGCUACUACAGGAGAAGAAGCCAAGAGUCCCAAUACAUCUAUCCCAUAUGCCAUCACUGCUUCCUUGGUCACAUGCCUUGUGGCAUAUGUAUCUGUCAGCAUUAUCUUAACGCUGAUGGUGCCAUACAAUGACAUUGAUACAGAAUCGCCCCUGAUGGAGAUGUUUGCAGCUCAUGGAUUUUACACGGCCAAGUUCAUAGUUGCUAUUGGAUCUGUUGCUGGGCUCACUGUGAGCUUGCUGGGCUCCCUCUUCCCAAUGCCUCGAGUAAUUUAUGCUAUGGCUGGUGAUGGACUUCUCUUCAGAUUCUUGGGCCAUGUCAGCUCUUAUACUGAGACUCCCGUAGUAGCAUGCAUCGUCUCAGGAUUUCUAGCAGCACUUCUCUCCUUGCUAGUGAGCCUGAGAGACUUGAUAGAGAUGAUGUCCAUUGGUACUUUACUUGCCUACACGUUGGUCUCCGUGUGUGUCCUGCUUCUGCGGUACCAACCGGAGAGCGAUAUCGAUGGCUUCGUCAAAUUCCUUUCUGAAGAGCACACAAAAAAGAAAGAAGGGAUUUUAGCUGAUUGUGAAAAAGAAGUUUGCUCUCCGGUUAGCGAAGGGGAAGAUUUUGCAGGACCCCCCACCAACCCCUGCGGUGCAAAGAACCUCCCUUCCUUGGGUGACAAUGAGAUGCUAAUUGGAAAAUCAGACAAGUCCACCUACAACAUCAACCAUCCCAACUAUGGCACCGUUGACAUGACCUCAGGAAUAGAAGCAGACGAGUCUGAAAACAUCUAUCUCAUCAAGUUGAAGAAAUUGAUAGGACCACGAUAUUACACUAUGAGAAUCCAUCUUGGACUGCCCGGGAAAAUGGACAGACCUACAGCAGCUACAGGCCAGACUGUUACCACCUGUGUCCUCUUGCUGUUUGUCCUUAUGUUUGUCUUCUGCUCUUUCAUUAUCUUUGGAGUGGACUUUCUUUAUGACCAAAGCUGGUGGGCGAUUCUUCUGGUGGUCCUCAUGGUUCUGCUAAUUAUUAUGUUGGUUUUUGUUAUCCUCCAACAGCCAGAAAACCCCAAAAAACUGCCUUACAUGGCCCCCUGCCUGCCUUUUGUUCCUGCGUUUGCCAUGCUCGUGAACAUCUAUCUCAUGCUGAAACUUUCGAAGAUCACUUGGAUACGGUUUGCCGUCUGGUGUUUUGUGGGGCUGCUGAUUUAUUUUGGCUACGGCAUAUGGAACAGUACUCUGGAAAUCACCGCUCGAGAAGAAGCUUUGCACCAAAGCACUUACCAGCGUUACGAUGUGGAUGUGGAUCCAUUCUCUGUUGAAGAAGGAUUUGACUCCACUGGGAAUGAAAAGUACCAGGACUGGGAACCUGUUGAUGACAAAAAUUUCUCUUAUCAGCAAAUGUCUAAAGGAAAGGAGAGCAGUCGGACAAGUAGCAAAUCAAAGAACAAAGCCAAACACAAACAGAACUCAGAUGCAUUGAUUUCUAAUGAUGAGUUAGACUACUCACCAGAGUAG